AUGCGCAUCCCAUACGCACCUACCGAGCCAGCAGCCGAUGCGUCAGAGACAACCAAAGCAGUCUACAGCCGCAUCACGGAACGUAGAAAGCCACGCCCUCUGCUUCCACUGGACCUCGCCCUGCUGCACAACACGGCCAUCGCCGAUGGCUGGAACAGCCUGCUCGGAGCAGUUCGAUCAAAGACAACACUCAACCCUGGCCUGAUGGAGAUGGCUGUGAGCCGCAUUGCGGUGCUCAACAAGGCAACAUUCGAAUGGAACGCGCAUGCUCCGUUAGCGCUUAAAGGAGGACUGCCGCGAGCAUCGCUGGACCUUGUCCGCACUGCAGCAAUUGUGCCUCCGGGCGGCAGAGAAAGGACAAAGGAAGAGCAAGAGACAUUCAGCGACGAGGAAUGGGCAGUGUUGUGCUAUACCGACCAAGUGACCAAGAACGUCGAGGUUGACGACGAAGUGUUUGAUGGACUGAGGAAGUUCUUAGACAACACAGGCAUCAUGGAGAUGACGGCGACGGUGGCAACAUACAACAUGGUCAGCAGAUUCCUCGUGGCCAUGAACGUGGCAGAGAAGAACGGACACGAGAUUGUGAUGCCCGAGCAAUAG